GUCAUUGAACACAUAAAAAGAUGCCGCCAUCUCAGACGCCCACACAAGUGCCCAGAGUCAGUGUAUAAAGUCAUGCUUGGAUGCUGGAGAGUGUCCCCACAGGAAAGACUGUCCAUGAAAGAAAUCUAUAAACUGUUGACUGAUGAUCUGCUCUCCAACCAGCACGAGUACCUGGAUAUUUUGCCCUGA